CACACACACACACACACAGUUAUGAUCCUGUCCCGUUUGCUACAUUUCCAUUUGAGUCAUUUAGCAGACGCUCUUAUCCGGAGCAACUUAAAAGGGGUAAUUAGGGUCAAAUACAUUACCCAAGGGCACAUCGGCAGAUUGUUCACCUAGUUGGUGAAGCCUAUAACUCUAUUGGACUGGAUCAUCCUUUAGUUGGCCUAUAACUCUAUUGGACUGGAUGGUCCUUUAGUUGGCCUGUAGCUCUAUUGGACUGGAUGGUCCUUUAGUUGGCCUGUAACUCUAUUGGACUGGAUGGUCCUUUAGUUGGCCUGUAACUCUAUUGGACUGGAUGGUCCUUUAGUUGGCCUGUAACUCUAUUGGACUGGAUCGUCCUUUAGUUGGCCUAUAACUCUAUUGGACUGGAUGGUCCUUUAGUUGGCCUGUAACUCUAUUGGACUGGAUGGUCCUUUAGUUGGCCUAUAACUCUAUUGGACUGGAUCGUCCUUUAGUUGGCCUGUAGCUCUAUUGGACUGGAUGGUCCUUUAGUUGGCCUGUAACUCUAUUGGACUGGAUGGUCCUUUAGUUGGCCUGUAACUCUAUUGGACUGGAUCGUCCUUUAGUUGGCCUGUAACUCUAUUGGACUGGAUGGUCCUUUAGUUGGCCUGUAACUCUAUUGGACUGGAUGGUCCUUUAGUUGGCCUAUAACUCUAUUGGACUGGAUCGUCCUUUAGUUGGCCUGUAGCUCUAUUGGACUGGAUGGUCCUUUAGUUGGCCUGUAACUCUAUUGGACUGGAUGGUCCUUUAGUUGGCCUGUAGCUCUAUUGGACUGGAUCGUCCUUUAGUUGGCCUGUAACUCUAUUGGACUGGAUCAUCCUUUAGUUGGCCUAUAACUCUAUUGGACUGGAUGGUCUGUUCCACACAAGAUGAUGAUUAUCCAGAAAUCUUUUUCUCAAUAUUUCAACUCAGAUGUUGAGCAGAGAAGGUUCCCUCCUGAAUUGGCCGUAAUAAUGAGAAGAAUAUAUGAAUGUGAUGUAGAAUGUGUUUUUAUAUGAAUGCAUGCCUCUGCUGAAGGAGAUAAUGCCUCUACCAGUCCCUCUACCAGUCCCUCUACCAGUGCCUCUACCAGUCCCUCUACCAGUGCCUCUACCAGUCCCUCUACCAGUGCCUCUACCAGUCCCUCUACCAGUGCCUCUACCAGUCCCUCUACCAGCCCCUCUACCAGUGCCUCUACCAGUGCCCCUACUAGUCCCUCUACCAGUGCCCCUACCAAUGCCCCUACCAGUGCCACUACCAGUGCCUCUACCAGUCCCUCUACCAGUGCCCCUACCAGUGCCUCUACCAGUGCCCCUACCAGUGCCCCUACCAGUCCCUCUACCAGUCCCUCUACCAGUGCCCCUACCAGUGCCUCUACCAGUGCCUCUACCAGUCCCUCUACCAGUCCCUCUACCAGUGCCUCUACCAGUUCCCCUACCAGUCCCUCUACCAGUGCCCCUACCAGUGCCUCUACCAGUGCCCCUACCAGUGCCUCUACCAGUGCCUCUACCAGUCCCUCUACCAGUGCCUCUACCAGUCCCUCUACCAGUGCCUCUACCAGUGCCCCUACCAGUGCCUCUACCAGUGUCCCCUACCAGUGCCUCUACCAGUGUCCCCUACCAGUGCCUCUACCAGUGCCCCUACCAGUGCCUCUACCAGUGCCUCUACCAGUGCCUCUACCAGUCCCUCUACCAGUGCCUCUACCAGUCCCUCUACCAGUGCCUCUACCAGUCCCUCUACCAAUGCCUCUACCAGUGUCCCCUACCAGUGCCUCUACCAGUGCCCCUACCAGUGCCUCUACCAGUGCCUCUACCAGUGCCUCUACCAGUGCCUCUACCAGUCCCUCUACCAGUGCCUCUACCAGUGCCAAAAGAGAGUCAUCUUCAGGGACCCAUCCAUGCCCAUAA